UUAUUGAUUUUCAAAACUGUGUAUGUUAGUCUUCAAGUCGUACUUCACAUAAAUUUUUUAAUUUAAUGCUAUGUAUACAAUUUUGUGACCAUUAUUUCUCUUUGGAAAACGUUACCAUCCACGAAAGGGAAGAAGAUUGAUAAGGAAGGUCAGGAAGAAUAGUUUACCUGUAUUCUUAAAAGACUGAUGGUUAUGUUCGAGAGGGAAACAUAACGUCGUCAACAAGACUACAUUGUAGAUAAAAAAUACGUAUUACAUAUAUUUUGCGACGCAAGUUUGCCCUCUAGUUGAAUAUCUACUUGUAGUAACUGUGAGAUUUUCAAGUCUUGGGUUAAAGAAGAAUCUGCACGGGGAGUGCAAGUAUUAGGCAUUAAUUAUCACGCAUCUUCAUCUUGAGUGAUAUUCGGCAGCUAAGAAUAACUCCCGACUAAAAUAUCAUAUUAGGGAAGCGUGUCGAGGUGAUUUGGUAAAUCGUAUUAAACAGGUUUAUCUGAUAUUGCUUGACGCUGGAUGAUCAAUAAUCUAGGCUUAACCCUAACCAGUCGUGGUAAAACAAACCAGUCCACACCAUUUAAGAUCGAGUUUCAUACGCGAUCACUAACAAAGCAGUGACGAUGUUCCGACUCAAAGUUACCGUUAGUUUGCUAAUCUUUUUGUCGGUUGGUUCUGAAACCUUUGCUGCUAAGGCAGGUACAGAUUCUCCACAAAUAAAGCCCGUAGCAGGAUGCUCUUUUGAAGACGGUCAAUGCGUUUACAACGUCAAUCUCGGCCACCGCGGAACGUGUGACACCACGUGCAAAGAUGGAGACACAGCUCUGGUGAAGUUGGUGGAACUUCAAAAUAAGCUUCUUGAACAGGGUCUGCUCACACAGGUUGUUAUUGUUUUCAUUCUUUUGUAUUGCUAUCGAGUGCGCAAAAAACGGUACUCGCCAACAAAAAUUUGGAUACGUAUAAUUUCUAAAAAAACUUACAUACCAAUCUUUCCUAUAAUCUUUUAUAUAGAUCUAGGUAUUUGAAUACCGUCAGAAAGCGUAUUUUCCGAAUUAGUUUAAGUCUGCCUACAAAAUGGUUGGUUGUAUGUUUGUUAACAAAUAUAGAGAACUAUCAAAAAUAAGUAUUGUACUAUUCCGUAUAUUUCUGUGUUCUACAGUCGCAAAUUCCCAUUUUAAUCACAUAGGUGAUUUCUUUUUUCUUUCUGUUCUAUUGCGAACAAAAGACACUCAGACCAAUUGUUGUUGUUGCAGAUAAAAAGUGGUAGAGAGUAGCAAAAAUGAUGUAAAUUCCCAAUUUUUAGGAAUAAACUACAUAUUUCACCUAAGAAACUCUGUGAUCUAGAUUGAGGAAUAGUGCCUACGGACUGUAUGUUUAUACUCUGAUGUUUAUACACUGUAUGUAAAUUUUAUAAAGGGACGUACCAUAGAAAAAGGGAUUCUUGCUCAUCGAUACCCAGUCAGAAAUGCAUGUUGUUAGUUCGGCGAUAAGAAAAGCCUAGUCUUCCCAUUUUAAUCCCUCGUUAAAACCGUGUUCUAUGAUAUCUCUCCAGGCGGUUAGUAUGAAAUACGACAACGUCACCAUGGUAAUCCAACAGUUGCAGUCGGCAUUGAACAGUUUAGAUGCAGUGACCCGUCAGGAGUUACAGCCUCUUCUACAAACUGUUAUUUCUGCUAACAAUGCCACAAGAGCUGAAUUGGCGUCCAUGUUAGCGAGACUUCAUACCCUGGAGAAAGAGCAAGGGAAUGUUUUGCUUUGGCUCAGUAGAAUUGAAAACGAAAGAGCGCAGUUACUGUCGAAAGUUGAUGCCUCUUCUAAAGUUUAUUCUAGCUGCUCCGAGUGGAAGAGAAAUGGUCACGACCAGGACGGCCACUAUUUACUGGACGUGGACGGUAAAGGCGGCGUUCCAGCUUUCUAUGUGUGGUGCACCAUGACGUCAUCACCCCCCACGGCGUCCAUCGGCCACGACCAAGGGCUCCGAACUAAGACGGAUGGUUACGAAAAGGAUGGAUCACAUAUUUUUCGUGUUCUGUAUGACGUCACAAUGAGGCAGCUUACAGCCCUGAUGGCCAACUCGACUAACUGUAAACAGCAUUUGAAGUACGAAUGUCACGGAGCUCUCAUUAACGAUGCCAGUACUGGUAUCCGCUAUUCAUGGUGGGUGUCACGUGACGGCGAAAAGAUGACGUAUUGGCCUGGAGGGGAUCCAAACCUGGGAGGAUGUGCUUGUAAAAGAACCAAUUCAUGCGCUGGUGGACUUAAGUGCAACUGCAACAUGAACGACAAUACUUGGCGUCAAGACGAAGGCUACAUCACUGACGUCACUAAGCUUCCGGUGACAAAGCUGAGAUUUGGCGAUACGGGAGACGCCAGUGAACAAGCCUACUUCACCUUGGGGCCAGUUAAAUGUGAAAACUAAUAUGAGUAAUGAACAUCAGCCAGAGAUUUAUUCCAUAAAUCGCCAUGCAAUACCAUAUAUGGUAUAUUAAUGACUUAUUGAUUCAACAUUUAAAAUUGUGAAACUUUUACGUGCAGUAAAAUUUAGGCAUAUAUGUUAUUUUACUGAUUCAGUUGCAGAUUUUAAUAAUAGAUACGAGUAAUUUAACUAUAAGUUUAUGGAUGCAAAUCAUUGGCAUGAGUGAGAAAAAUGUAGUGUCUGAUCUAGGAAGUUGUGGAAUAUUCC